CGCUGCCUCGCCUCCAUCUCUCGCCGACGCCACUGGCGUAAACCCGCUCGGGGAAGAAGAGGGAAAGCCGCGUCAGCCGUCGCCGCCGCGCAGGGUGGGAGCGGAAGCCUGUCUGUGAGGGGGAAAGGAGCCAUGGGGGACGCGGCCUGCCGUUCCGCCGGCGCUUGUUAAAGAGGAGCGCCCUCGCCGCCUCAGAAGCCGAAGAAGAAGCCGACCGACCUCCUUCUCUCCUUCCCCGCCUGCUGGAGCCAUGGACAAAGCCGUCGGCGGCCAGAAUGUGAAAUUGUCUGCUGAAGUGGAACCAUUCAUUCCUCAGAAGAAGGCCCCUGAUUCACUGGUGAUGCCCAUGACCCUGCCAAAUGAUGGUGGAAACAUCAGUGGUGUUGAGGCAACUCCGAUUCCCAGCUACCUGAUUACGUGCUACCCAUUCGUUCAAGAAAACCAAUCCAACAGACAACUUCCAGUGUACAAUAAUGACAUCAGGUGGCAGCAGCCUAACACGAACCCUGCCGGGCCAUAUCUGGCAUAUCCCAUUAUAUCUACUCAGCCACCAGUUUCUACCGAGUAUACCUACUAUCAACUGAUGCCAGCGCCUUGUACUCAAGUCAUGGGAUUUUAUCAUCCCUUCCCAACAGCUUACUCUGCCUCCUUUCAGCCUGCAAGUGCCAUAAACCCAGUUACAGCACAAUGCACAGAUCGUCCGGCCCAACCAAGCCAGGCCUUUCCGUUAUGUAGCCCCAGGAGCAGAAGUACCAGCAGAGGAUCGAUGGUGCAAAAACCGCCGCCGUCACAACCCCACAUAAAGAGCAAAAGGCCUCCAGUGAAAAACGUUGCUAUCCAGAAGGAAACGAACUCUUCGGGCCCAGAGAACAGACCCAAAAUUGUCCUGUUGGUGGAUGCUUGUCAGCAAACAGACUUCCCUUCAGAGAUUGCCAGCAAAUCCCUGUCGGAGAGCGUGAGUGGUCUGCACUGGAAGCCGAGAGGCAGGCGACGGCGGACCUCCCACCCCGCCGAAUCCUCGAGUGAGCAGGGGGCCAGCGAAGCCGAUAUUGAUAGCGACAGUGGCUAUUGCAGUCCCAAGCACAGCAACCAAGCAGGGGCAGCCAUAUCCAGAAGUGCUGAAUCGGCCGGGACAAACAUCAAAGAAUCGUCCAUACACCCAGUUGGUGCCAGUUGGGCAAGCGUCAGUUCUCAAGCAACUCAGAAGAAGCCUUGGAUAGAGAGAAACUCUUUCUCCAGAGGUGGAAGGCAGCCUGAACCUCAGCACGAUUCAGAGCCUGGCUUUAAAUGUAGAGGUCACAGCACAUCUUCAGAAAGGAAACAGAGUUUGCAGAAGAAAAUUGAGAAACCAGUAAUCACAAGCCAGUCAAACAGAGUAGAGCAGACCCCCGAACUGCUAUAUUUUGGGGAUGAAGAAGAAUUCCCAGAGCUAAAUUGUGAUAGUGGACAUUCUAAAGCUAAUAACAUGCAGCUGAAGCAUGCACCCAAAAUGUUGGAUGAUCUACCUGAAAAUUCUCCAAUCAACAUAGUACAGACUCCUAUUCCAAUCACCACCUCUGUUCCCAAAAGAGCAAAAAGUCAAAAGAAGAAAGCUCUCGCAGCAGCACUGGCCACAGCCCAAGAGUAUUCAGAAAUCAGUAUGGAGCAGAGGAAGCUUCAGGAAGCUGUUUCAAAAGCAGCCGGAAAGAAGAGCAAAACUCCUGUGCAGUUGGACUUGGGCGACAUGCUGGCGGCGCUUGAAAAACAGCAGCAGGCGAUGAAGGCCCGUCAGAUCACAAACACCAGGCCCCUCUCAUACACAGUUGGCAGUCCAGUUCCUUUUCACGCCAAAGAAUCCACCAGUCGAAAGUCCUUCUCCAAAGGGCAGCCCUCAGUGGGUUGCAUUAACCCUUUGGAUUCCACUAGCCCGAAAGUAAAACGAGGAAAAGAGAGAGAACUCUCAAAGUUGAAGCGUCCUACAGCACUGAAAAAGGUUAUUUUGAAAGAGAGAGAAGAAAAGAAAGGACGGUUAACAACAGAUCACAGCCUUUUGGGAGGUGAUGAAGAGCAAGAGGUGACUCUGACUUCUAACCAGGCAGAAGAACUAACAUCUCAAGAAGAAACUGGUUUGAGCAUGCCGAGUGACACCUCCCUCUCUCCAGCAAGCCAGAAUUCUCCCUACUGCAUGACUCCUGUCUCCCAAGGUUCCCCUGCAAGUUCAGGGAUAGGAAGCCCCAUGGCAUCGUCAACUAUAACCAAAAUCCACAGCAAAAGAUUCAGAGAGUACUGUAAUCAAGUUCUCAGUAAAGAAAUCGAUGAAUGUGUGACUCUCCUCUUACAAGAACUUGUCAGCUUCCAAGAACGAAUUUAUCAGAAGGAUCCUAUCAAAGCCAAAGCAAAGAGGAGACUUGUGAUGGGCCUACGGGAGGUUACCAAGCACAUGAAGUUAAGCAAGAUCAAGUGUGUAAUUAUUUCUCCCAACUGUGAGAAGAUCCAGUCCAAAGGUGGACUAGACGAAGCUUUGUAUAACGUGAUCGCCAUGGCUCGGGAACAAGAAAUCCCUUUUAUCUUUGCCCUCGGACGCAAAGCGCUUGGCCGCUGCGUAAACAAGUUAGUUCCUGUCAGCGUAGUGGGCAUCUUCAACUUUUCAGGCGCUGAGAACCUCUUUAACAAACUGGUCUCUCUGACGGAAGAGGCCAGGAAAGCCUACCGGGAGAUGGUGUCAGCCAUAGAGCAAGAACAGGAGGAGGCCUUGAAGAAUAUUAAGAAGGCGCCUCACCACAUGGGCCAUUCCCGGAACCCUUCGGCAGCCAGCGCCAUUUCCUUCUGCAGCGUGAUUUCAGAGCCCAUUUCCGAGGUGAACGAGAAGGAGUACGAAACCAACUGGAGGAACAUGGUGGAAACCUCCGAUGGUUUGGAAGCCUCUGAAAACGAAAGAGAAGUGGUGUGCAAGGCUACCACCUCAGAAAAACCCGGCAACGCUAAUGUCGCUGCUGGUAAGCCCUUAUCUCUAGCUGCCGUGGGCCUCAUCCCCACGGUGUCCCAGGGGAAACCGCUAAGUGGGAAGGAGGAAGCGAAGCCAGACGACAACCUGGAAUGGGCCUCCCAGCAAAGCACAGACACCGGCUCUUUAGAUGGCAGUUGCCGGGACAUUUUGAAUUCUUCCAUGACCAGCACCACCAGUACUCUUGUGCCAGGAAUGCUUGAAGAGGAUGAGGAGGAGGAAGAGGAGGAGGAGGAGGAGGACUACUCCCACGAGCCCAUUUCCGAGGAAGUCCAGCUCAACAGCAGGAUUGAGUCGUGGGUCUCGGAGACACAGAGGACGAUGGAAACCCUUCAGCUCGGAAAGACCCUGAGCGGGGCAGAAGACGAGAACGUGGAGCAGAGUGAGGAGGAAGGGCUGGAAACUCCCGAGCAAGUCGAGGCGGUUCCCGACAACGAGGAAUGGACAUUAGACAAGGCCGCGAAUAAAGCCCAGCAGAAACCAAACCCCUGCCCUCCCCUCGAUUCAAAACACACAGACUCAAAUUAUAUGCCGUGAACCUUUUAAGCCCAGACUCAGGAGAAACUUUUACUAUUUAAAAAAAAAAGAGAGAGAGAGAGAGAGAGAGAGAGAAACUAAUUGUUGUAAGGAUUGCAGCCAUUGCUUUGUGCGCUUCCUCUCGGCAUUUUGCACUGUGUAACAUUUAAUUACCGUAUUUAAUUCACCCUUCUUCUUCUUUUUGUAGCUGUCUUUAUCACUUCUCCGUUGAAACCUAGAGUUUGCAUGUGUGAUUAAUAUUUAUUCCUUUUCUUAGAACAGCCUAUGUGCAUUAAACUGUCACUGGGCAUCCUUUUUUUUUUUUUUCGUAUGAGGAAACUUAUUUGCCUCUGACCAUUUUUAAGGCAAAACUCUUCUCAGACUGAAAAAAAAAAAAACCCUUACCUAUUUUUAAAGCGUUGACAGUAUUGACCAACAUUGGCUUGCCGUGAACUUCUUUGGGAGGUAUUUGUCCACUGGGUACCUAACCUUAAGCCGGAAUGAUUCUUUUUUUUCUUUUGCUCAGACUGUUAAAGUGACUGUAAUCAGAAUGAAAAUGUGUUCUGGGGGGGAAAAAAGGGCUAGAAGGAUGUAUAUGAAUUAACUAAGGGCACCUUCUUAGUAGUAUUUUAUAAUAUUUAAGUAAUAACACUCCUGAAGAACUGGUUGCAGUUGGCUAAAACCAUUUUGGCUAGGAACUUUGGUGGAACAUCGCUCAGCAGGUACUUUGGUAAUGGAAGUACCUGCUUACUUUCCAACUGACAUUAUCCACGUAGUCACUUUGCCCACAAGCCGACCGCCAAAAGGGACCUCAAGCUUUCCUUGCUCGCUUUUUUUAAUUCCCACUCUGUUUCAGUUACGCCGUGUUCUGCUUCUUAAUGCUUUCACUGAUCUCAGGAAUGUUACUAGGAGUUCAUACAUGCCGUGUAAAUAGAAAAAAAAAAGAAAGUUAGAAUCGGUUAUCGGUCCUUUAACAUACAAUGAAAUACGAAGCUUGGGGGGGUUGGUUGAGGGAAGGGAAGUUGUUGUUUGGCUGAACUUACUCCCCCCCCCCCUUGGGUUUGGUCUUGGUGGGAAGGUGGACUCCCUGGUCUUCUAACAGCCAGUAGAAGUGGCUUUAUGGUAGGGAAAAUGCCCUUGGUCUUGUGGAGUUUCAGAGCGGGUGAGAGAUAAAGAACUGGCUUUAAAAUGACUUGCUUAAAUUUUGCACGCCUGUUCUGAGUUUUCUAAGCACUCAUUUUCACCAAACCAAGUUGCAUAACGGCGAGGUUGGGAGGAAGGUGGGAUGGGACAGUGAUGGUUUGAGGUAGUGCAGGAAGACAAGCUUUAUGAAAAAUAGGGGCAUCCCCAGCAUUGUAAAAUAUUUCAUAGGUCAGUUGCUCUCUUAAUAGUUUGGGACCAAUAGCGAUCACAUUUGAAGCUAGUAUCUUUACUUCUAAUAAGAAUAAACCAGAGGAAAUGUUUUGUAAUUGUGUGUGCGUGUGGUCACUUAGUGCUAAGGAGUGUAGCAGAAAAGACGAGUUUGAAUGAUUAGCUCUUGUACGUGGAAUUAGUAGGUGAUGAAUUGGAAAAGGACAGGUGUAGCCUUUGUAUCCUUUGCUGAUUGUCCACAAGUGGAAAUUCUUUCCUUCCGAAGUGCUGAACAACCAAAAUGACUCCUUCUUCGGUAGAUGUUGUCUUAAAUGUCUGUUUCCCUUUUUAGAACCUGAUUUGUCCCUUGCCAGUUUGCAUAAAACCCAGUAGAUACACACACACACACACACACACACACACACACACACACACACCCUCUUCCCAUUGUUACCUCUUUCAAAUUCAGUCAAAAGCAUUCCGGUGUCCCUUGUCUGGGAUGUCACAUGUGAAUGUGCUGACCUUCAAACUUCAGCAAGCCUCUUUUAGGACAAACAGCGUAUCAUUGGCUGAAGCCGCCCGUCCUUUAUAAAGGGUUCAUUUUGGGGGUUGGGGUGGAGGGUGGGGGGGGCGAGAACCAAGUUGAGGGUAGAAUGUGUGUCUAUGAAGUGUAUUAGAUUGUUCUCUGUGUUUCACGUGCUUCCUUGUCUUUUGUCGUCUUGCGAUGCGGUGAGAUAUUAACACUUCUGUUCACCCUUUCGAUAGCUGAUCCAUCGUCCUCGAUGUUCCUUCUCCGUGUCUUCAACUUCCUUACCGGCACAAAUGGAUCUUUUUUUUAACAAACGGGGCGGUUGGUGGCCCUGUUUCUGCACUUCUAUUGGGGCCGAGCUCAGCAGUGUUUCCUCUUCCUUAAAACCAGUUUAAUUAAUUUCACUAAUGGCAAAAGGGGAGGGAAGGGCGUCACGUCUGAUGGGUUAGAGGAAAUAAUCCUAAGCGCUUCCAGUAUUGGCAUAAAAAGAGCUGCCACGAGGCGGAGAGAGAACACAAGGUGGGCUGAUGCACGAUCAUCUGUGGAGGGCCGAAAAUAAUAAAGUGGGGUUUGUAGGUUAAUUGUAACAUGUAUGCCUUUAUCUUAACAAAAAUCCAUUGCAAUACUUGUAUUUCUCCCCUGUUACAUGUCCCCGUUCCCCGGCUUACGUUUUAAAUGGCAUGUUUUUACAAACUUUGAGAUUCGAUCAGUGAUUGGUGUAGUGGUUGAUCGGCUGUUUGGGGUUUUUUAAAAAGAAAAAAAAAUUGGAAAAGAUUCUUUUGAAUGAUGCACUCGUAUGUAUUCUGAACACCUCACUGGGAUAUAACCUUAGAUUCUUCUUCGGGUGGGCCUAUGCAGUGUAGCUAAAUCCCAUUGUCAACUGGAAGCUCUUCAAUUUUAAUGGCAGGGUGGGGGGAAUACGGGGGGAGUCUCAUUCGAAAAGCUGCUGUCUAUUGAAAUUGUCGUAAUGUAUGUAUGUGUUUGUGUGUGCGCGCGCGUGUGUGUGAGAAAUUGUGCCAAUUAAUCAAGAUGCUCAGUCAAUUUACCAGAUUUUAAUCACUAAUGGAACACUUUUUUUUUAAAAAAAAAAGCCAUGAAUAGAAACUGUAUAGCUUGGUGCCCAGUUUAGUCCUACACAAACAAUAAAUCUUAAAAACAAUAAUUUAAAAAAGAAAAAAAAAUCAAUAUAAGGGGGCACAGCCUGAUUAAUGUUUAUAUGUGGUUAAUGUACUUUUAAAAACUGUACUUCGGUAAUGCCUCUUAAUCUUUGAUACCUGUACACUAAAUGUCAGUAACAUCUAAAGUUUAAA